GUACAGACUAAGGAGAAGAUUUUGUGUUUGCGGUUUAAAUAGGAUGAGGUUAAUAUUGUCUUCCUAAACAUAAUCUCUUUCUAUAGCGAUAGUAUAUCAUGUUUCUAAUUUUAAUUACAGGGAUGGGUGGGUUGGAUCACUACAGUUGAAAUUUGGGUUAGGGUGUGGAUUUAUAGCCCUGCUCCUCCCUGUAAAGGCUGGGACUGCUUGUGUCUGAACCCAUCUUUUCAAUUAAUUUGCAGUAAUUAAAGGGUGCUGUGUGGGAUGGGGCUAAAGAGAAACACAAUUAAAAUGUAAAGCUUCUCCUUUGGUAUCUGCAUCCUUAUUUAUUUUAAACCAUCUUCAGUGCACUGAUGAGUUUAAGUCUUCCUGUAUCACAUACUGCGCAAGCAGAAAUAUGUGAGUGAACUGUUGCCAAUGGCUCUGAGCAAGCAUGGGGCAUGUUUCAGAUUACACUGUGUUUUCUUGUUCGGAUCUGAUCUCCUCGCUAGGCGAGGCUGAGAAAGGCAGCUCUAGGGGAUUUACUUCCAGCAGCAGCAGCAGCACAUGAUCCAUCAAUCGCGUGAUUCUCACCACCGAGGACUAAUGGGGAGGGUGAAGAAAAAGCAAACGCUGGCUUGGGGAAACAGCAGCAGUUUCUUCUGCUCGCGGGGCCUCUCCGUCAGCUGGACGCUUCAUGGCUUCUCCCAGGUUAGAAACCUACUGCUGCCCGAACCGGGAUGCAGCUACACAGCUAGUGAUGAGCUUCCAGCCUGACGUCUUCUGCGGAGUUUGCAUUGGCAGCGCCUCCGUCAGUCUGCUACUGACCAUCCUGCAGCUCCUGCCAAAGAAGGGACAGAGCCCACGGAAGAUGCCAAAAGCCUCCUCCUCUUCCACCAUCCUUCUCCUUAUCUCUGUUUGUGACAUCCUUGGUGGCUUAGGUAUGAUCUUCAGGUCAAGCGUAUGGUUAGGCUUCCCAGGCUUCAUAGCUAACAUCUCUGUGGUGAAUGGGACUGACAUGUGGCCAUCUGCUUUCUGCGUGGGGAGCGCGAUGUGGAUCCAGCUAUUGUAUAGUGCUGGCUUCUGGUGGUUGUUUUGCUACGCCGUUGAUUCUUACUUGGUGGUAAGAAGAUCAGCCGGACUGAGUACGAUUGUGCUGUACCACAUGAUGACGUGGGGCCUCGCGGUGAUGCUCUGCGUGGAGGGAAUUGCACUGCUUUACUACCCUUCUCUCUCCAGCUGUGAAAAUGGCUUGGAGCAUGCAAUCCCACAUUACAUCACAACCUAUGCCCCGCUCCUGCUAGUGCUGGUGGUCAACCCCAUCCUGUUUAGGAGGACCGUAUCAGCAGUUGCCUCCUUACUGAAAGGGAGACAAGGGAUUUACACAGAGAAUGAGAGACGUCUAGGGACAGAGAUCCAGAUCCGCUUCUUCAAAAUUAUGCUGGUAUUCGUUAUUUGCUGGUCAUCCAAUAUCAUCAACGAGAGCCUUUUGUUCUACCUCGAAAUGCAGCCAGAUAUCAAUGAAAUGCCCCUGAAGAACAUUAGAAGUGCUGCACUGAUUACAUGGAUUAUAAUGGGUGUCCUUAAUCCAAUGCAAGGCUUCCUUUUCACAUUAGCUUUCUAUGGCUGGACAGGAUGGAGAGUGGACUUCAAAUGGAGAAAAAGAGAAAUACCCUGGGAAUCAAUGUCCUCAUCAACUGUGGGUGAAAAUGCCUAUCCCUCACCAGUGAACUACCAAAGUAACAUCCAUGAUUCAAAGAAGAUAUCAGCAACUGACAGCCAGCAGACCGAUGAAGCUAUAAGCAUGUUGUCUGAAGGUAACACUAGCGGUGAUGACAGAUUAACCAGGAGCUCUCCCAUCUACCAGGGCUGGUAGUUUAUAGGCACAGAGCUGGAUCCCACUUCUCACAUUCUCAAGACUCAUAAAACCACAUCACCGUGUGAACUGUUGCGUACUCUGCAAUUAGGUUUAUGCCCAAUGGCUUAAUGGCAUUUCCUAUAACUUGUGUGUGUGUGAGAGAGUGGGCAUGUGAGACAGAGAAAAAUUAUGGUUUAUGUCUUCAUUCGCCUUAUAGGAGAUGUGUUAAAAGGUAUAAAAGCCUGAUCCUUUUUCAGCAGGAUUAUAUCUCUGCAAAGAUCUAUGUUACUUAUGAUUAAUUUUCAUCCAUUUUGUUUUAAUUUGUCUUGUAACCUCCAUAUGGUAGAAGAGUCUUUUCUUUAAAUAAAUGGACUAUUACUAU